CUCCUCCUCUUUCUUGCUAAUAGAAAGGCGAGGGAGGCGGAGUUAGGCGGCGGUCAGGCUAGUAACCGAUCCCGUGACUAACUGAGACAGGCAGCGAUGGCGGUGGUAGCGGUGGCGGCAGCGGCGGGCUUACGAACCCGGAUGCUUCGGGUUUCUUUCAAGAUAAACCCUAUUUGGUAUCCAGCAUCGUGUUUUUCCUCAUCUUCAGUGCCAACUGUCAAACUUUUCAUAGAUGGGAAAUUUGUUGAAUCUAAAAGUGACAAGUGGAUCGAUAUUCACAACCCUGCUACUAAUGAGUUAAUUGGCCGAGUUCCCAAAGCCACAGAAGCUGAAAUGAAUGCAGCUGUGGAGUCCUGCAAACGUGCUUUUCCCUCGUGGUCAGAAACAUCUGUACUAAGUCGUCAGCAGGUUCUGCUUCGGUAUCAGCAGCUUAUCAAAGAAAACUUGAAAGAAAUUGCUAAGUUAAUCACUUUGGAGCAAGGGAAGACCCUGGCUGAUGCUGAGGGAGAUGUAUUCCGAGGCCUUCAGGUAGUUGAACAUGCCUGUAGUGUGACAUCCCUCAUGAUGGGAGAAACCAUGCCUUCCAUUACCAAAGACAUGGACAUUUACUCCUACCGUCUACCGUUGGGUGUAUGUGCAGGCAUUGCUCCAUUCAAUUUUCCUGCCAUGAUUCCUCUAUGGAUGUUCCCCAUGGCCAUGGUGUGUGGAAAUACCUACUUAUUGAAACCAUCUGAGCGAGUACCUGGAGCAGCUAUGUUUCUCAGCAAAUUGCUGCAAGAUUCUGGUGCUCCAGAUGGGACAUUGAACAUUAUCCAUGGACAACAAGAAGCUGUGAAUUUUAUUUGUGAUCACCCGGACAUAAAAGCAAUCAGCUUUGUGGGCUCCAAUCAAGCUGGAGAAUACAUCUAUGAGAGAGGGUCAAGAAAUGGCAAGAGAGUUCAAGCAAAUCUGGGAGCGAAGAACCAUGGGGUGGUCAUGCCAGAUGCCAAUAAAGAAAACACUCUGAACCAACUGGUAGGAGCAGCUUUUGGAGCCGCGGGGCAACGCUGUAUGGCCCUCUCCACAGCCAUCUUGGUAGGGGAAGCAAAGAAUUGGCUGCCAGAACUUGUGGAGCGUGCCAAAAAGUUGCGAGUUAAUGCUGGGGACCAGCCUGGAGCUGAUUUGGGCCCUCUAAUCUCCCCACAAGCCAAAGAACGAGUUUGUCAUCUCAUUGAGAGUGGAACAAAGGAAGGAGCCUCGCUUCUUUUAGAUGGAAGAAAAAUUAAAGUUAAAGGCUAUGAAAAUGGCAACUUCGUUGGACCAACGAUCAUCUCAAAGGUCAAGCCAAAUAUGACCUGUUACAAAGAAGAGAUUUUUGGCCCAGUUCUAGUUGUUUUGGAGGCAGAAACUUUGGAUGAAGCCAUCAAGAUGGUGAAUAAUAAUCCAUAUGGAAAUGGAACUGCCAUCUUUACCACCAAUGGAGCCAUUGCUCGAAAAUACUCUCACAUGGUGGAUGUGGGGCAGGUGGGUGUGAAUGUCCCUAUUCCAGUGCCUUUGCCAAUGUUCUCAUUUACGGGUUCUCGCUCUUCCUUCAGAGGUGACACCAAUUUUUAUGGCAAACAGGGUAUCCAAUUCUACACACAGCUAAAAACCAUUACUUCUCAGUGGAAAGAAGAAGACUCCAUGCUAACAGCACCUACUGUAGUUAUGCCAACUAUGGGCCAUUAAAAAGAACUUUUAGCACA